CGGGCUGGCGCCAGGCGGAGACCCAAGCAGCAGGCAGCCGGGACGGCCUGGCGAGGCCCCUGAGGGGCGGGGCCGGAGGUGGAUGGGCCCGGGGCCGCGCUCUCUCCGUCCCUGCGCGGCGCCGGGCCGCUUGCUCCAGCUCCGUCUCCUUUGGAUCCUGCCCAUCCCCUAGGAAGGGUCCCACAGGAAGGAAAGAGAAGGCAAUGGCUGCUCGGCCUCUGCCACUGGGAACUCAGUUUCAGGAGUCAGUGACAUUCAAGGAUGUGUCUGCAGAUUUCACUUGGGAGGAGUGGCUUCGUCUAGAUUCUGCUCAGGGGAAUCUGUAUGAGAAAGUGAUGCUGGAGAACUACAGGGACUUGGUUUCACUGGGGCAUCGGCUUUCCAAACCAAAUGUGAGUUCUCAGCUGGAACUGGAGGAACUGAGCCAGGUGACAAAAGAACUUCCAGCGUGCCUCUCUCCAGGUCUGCUUUUUUCCAGGUUUUCUUCGAUGUUACUGCCAGAUUAAGUGACCAUUUAGUCUUCUUAUCCUGUCCAAAAUCAAGACAAGAAAGCGUCGAGGACGGGGUGCUGUAUUCGGCUCUUGCCCAGCCACCAUGACUCACUCCUCAUAACCCUAUGGGAUUGGAAGACAAGACUUGAAACCAAAGAGUCAACUAUAAAGCCUAAUACUACUGAAGAUAUAGCUUAUGGGGUAAUAAUGGAAAGGGAAGGUCUCUGGCAUUCUUCUUUAGGGGAAACCUGGGAACCUGAUAAUUGGUUAGAUGGGCAACAGAAAAACCAGGAUAGACCUCUGGGGCAAGUGUCAGUUACUCAUGAAGAAACCCUCACUGAGAGGAGGACAUGUGGAGGUAAUGAAUUUGCAAGAUGUUCUAGUCAGGGGUCAAUCCUUGAUAUAAAACAAAGUAUCCCUGUGGGAAAGAGGCCCCAUAAUCAGAAUCCACAUAAAGAAGACACUAAACAGAAUUCUGAAUUAAUUAAAACUCAAAGUAUGUUUGUUGGAAAGAAAAUCUAUGAAUGUAAUGAAUGUAGGAAAACCUUCAGCCAGAGCUCAUCUCUUCUUAAGCACCAGAGGAUUCAUACUGGGGAAAAACCCUAUAAGUGUAAUGUAUGUGGGAAGCACUUCAUUGAACGCUCCUCCCUUACUGUACAUCAAAGAAUUCAUACUGGAGAGAAACCCUAUAAAUGUAAUGAAUGUGGGAAAACCUUCAGUCAGAGCAUGAACCUUACUGUUCAUCAGCGAACUCAUACUGGAGAGAAACCCUAUCAGUGUAAAGAGUGUGGAAAAGCUUUCCGUAAAAAUUCAUCCCUUAUUCAACAUGAAAGGAUUCAUACUGGAGAGAAACCCUACAAAUGUAGUGAAUGUGGGAAAGCUUUUACCCAAAGCAUGAAUCUUACAGUGCAUCAAAGAACUCAUACAGGAGAAAAACCCUAUGAAUGCAAUGAAUGUGGAAAAGCCUUCAGUCAGAGCAUGCAUCUUAUUGUACAUCAGAGAAGUCAUACUGGAGAAAAACCCUAUGAGUGUAGUGAAUGUGGGAAAGCCUUUAGUAAAAGCUCAACUCUUACCCUGCAUCAACGAAAUCACACUGGAGAAAAACCCUACAAAUGUAACAAAUGUGGGAAAUCCUUUAGCCAAAGCACAUACCUUAUAGAACACCAGAGACUUCAUUCUGGAGUAAAACCUUUUGAAUGUAAUCAGUGUGGGAAAGCUUUCAGUAAGAAUUCAUCUCUUACUCAACAUCGGAGAAUUCAUACUGGAGAGAAGCCUUAUGAAUGUAUGGUAUGUGGAAAACAUUUCACUGGGAGAUCUUCCCUUACUGUACAUCAGGUUAUUCAUACUGGAGAGAAACCUUAUGAAUGCAAUGAAUGUGGAAAGGCCUUCAGCCAGAGUGCAUACCUUAUUGAACAUCAAAGAAUCCAUACUGGUGAGAAACCCUAUGAAUGUGAUCAGUGUGGGAAAGCCUUCAUUAAGAAUUCAUCCCUAAUUGUGCAUCAGAGAACUCAUACAGGAGAGAAACCCUAUCAGUGUAAUGAAUGUGGAAAAGCCUUCAGUCGGAGUACAAACCUUACACGACAUCAGAGAACUCAUACAUCUCUUUUGGACAUCAGAGACUUCACACUGGAGAGAAAAUGUGAGAGUGCUUAACUGGACAGCUCAAAGACCUGCUGACCAGAGAUUCUUUCAAAAUGUGCUCAGCCACAUCACUCUUGUACAGACUCCUUCAGUGGCUUCCCAUCACACAUAGAACAAAUCCAAAGGUCUUGGAUGGACUUCAAGGUCUCUAGUACCCUUCAAACUACCUCUCCAACUCUCCCUUGUUCACUCUACGCCCUCUCCAGUCCCGUUAGCCUUGCAAAGCCUCAGGCCCACCAAGCACACUUCUGUCUCUGGACAUCGCUGUCCCCUCCCCCUUGGACGGCUCUUCCCCAGAUAGUCACAUGGUUUCCUCUCUCGCGGUAUUCACAUCUCUGCUCAAAUGUUACUUCCUCAAAGAGAAUUUCCCAAGACACUACUUAAAAUAAUCCCAGUCCCCGUCCCACUGUCACAGGUUCACUGCGUCGUCACUACCUAGUAAGUAUUUUUCUAUGUUUUAUUGACUACUUCCUCUCGAC